AUGAAAGGCAGCUUCUCGACCAAAGUAGCGGACGCGAUCAAUUCAAUGCAGCCGAUUCCCGCCAUCGUUAUUCCCUGGUCUACAGUAAAAGACGAUGAUCAUCUCAUCGAGGCCGCAAAACUCACUUCAACUUUCCACAUCUCGAGUCUCACCAAGAGUUCCUCAACCGGAGCGGCGUUACAGUUCCCGACUCCAACCAAAGGCGAAGCCGAGCACAAUGAGCUGCGCAAACGACAGAUAGCUGCUGCCGGUGGCGUUGUCGAUGGUAUCGUUGUAGUGGACCAGCAUACUGUACCAUACGGUGAGCAGACCGGCUCAAUCAAAUAUGCCCCAAUGCCCAAGAGCGCCGGGACUACUGUCGCAACCAGAUCGGCUACGCCUCAAUACCCACCUUUUCCGUUCUCCAUUGCGACUACCUACCUGGGUGCACCAACCGUCCUGUACACGGACACGGCUUUUGCGACAUGGACGGCGAACACCAUCGAGAACACAGUGAGUUUGAUUCUUGAAUGUUUGAUGUCGGGCUUUGAACACUAA